GUUCCAAGUCGCGGGUGUUUAGUUAGCUCUUUGGCCCUCAUCCUAAGUUCCUAACACCCUCAUCGGGGCCGAACGAUGGCCGUCCCUGACCCCCUGCACUACUAUGCAGUUUACCUUGUGGGUCCCUUUCCCAGUUCAACAAUUGUGGUCCGUGUUUCUCGGUCCAGCCAGGUUCUUUUUUCCGACAGUCAACGGCAAAUUGUACGGCAGACACGGCACAACAUUUGAGAUAAUUGGCAGCAAAAAGGUGGAUCUCCCUUGUGACACCGGUGGCCCAGAAUCUGACAACACAACGCUGCUACUGGAUCAUAAGCUGGCUCGGGGCACUGUGUCCGACGGGUAUAGAGCUGUUCGGUCGAACUGAGACUUGCGCGAUGUGGACCUACUUGGGGGUUAAGGGAAGGAACAAGAAUGGAAGCUGGAACCCUGAGGAGACCCUAUCAAAGACUGAGAGAGCUUUACGCGUCUGUCCACAGCAAG